GAUUCCAGAGCUGCCACCAGCCAGGUAGGCAUUAGCUAACCUCAAACUGACGGUCACCGCAAGUCCGAAACUCGAACCAAUUGUUACGUCCCAAAGCGACAACAGCGCCUCUGCAGCACUCGGCGGCUGGUGGCCGACCGGCUGGCGAGCGGCAUCAGUGAUCAGAGCGCGGGCUGCGCGACGCAGAAGGCCACAGAAGCCUCUCAGCUCUCAAAAUGGCCACGUCGGACUCGAAGGCGAUGAUAAGGACAGUGAAGAGGGUCCAGUUUGGCAUCCUCUCACCCGAUGAAAUUCGCCGUAUGUCAGUUACGGAGGGGGGCAUCCGUUUUGCCGAAACUAUGGAAGGUGGACGCCCCAAGCUUGGUGGUCUUAUGGACCCCAGGCAGGGUGUCAUCGACAGAAACUCUAGAUGUCAGACCUGUGCUGGAAAUAUGACCGAAUGUCCUGGACAUUUUGGUCACAUUGAUUUGGCAAAACCAGUGUUUCACUGUGGUUUCAUCACAAAAACUAUUAAGAUACUUCGAUGCGUUUGUUUCUACUGUUCAAAGAUGUUAGUCAGUCCUCACAAUCCAAAAAUCAAGGAAAUUAUCAUGAAAACCAAAGGUCAACCCCGUAAGCGUCUGACCUUUGUCUAUGAUCUUUGCAAAAGCAAGAAUAUUUGCGAGGGUGGUGACGAGAUGGACAUAACCAAAGAAGGUCAGGAGCAAGACCCGAACAAAAAACCUGGUCACGGUGGUUGCGGUCGUUACCAACCCAAUCUCCGAAGAUCCGGACUCGACGUUACCGCCGAAUGGAAACACGUCAAUGAGGAUUCCCAGGAGAAGAAAAUUGCUCUGACAGCUGAAAGAGCAUGGGAGAUCCUCAAACACAUCACAGACGAGGAAUCAUUCAUCCUCGGCAUGGACCCAAAAUUCGCGCGACCCGACUGGAUGAUCGUCACUGUGCUCCCGGUUCCGCCUCUUGCGGUGCGACCAGCUGUCGUCAUGUACGGCUCAGCCAAGAAUCAGGACGAUUUGACUCACAAACUCUCCGAUAUCAUUAAAUCUAACAACGAGCUGCUGAGGAACGAACAAGCUGGAGCAGCAACACACGUCAUCUCCGAGAACAUAAAGAUGCUGCAGUUCCACGUGGCUACGCUCGUCGACAACGAUAUGCCGGGCAUGCCCAAAGCCAUGCAGAAGUCCGGCAAGCCUCUCAAGGCCAUUAAAGCCCGUCUAAAGGGUAAGGAAGGCCGUAUUCGAGGUAACCUUAUGGGUAAGCGUGUCGACUUCUCGGCACGUACCGUCAUUACACCCGACCCGAAUCUGCGAAUCGAUCAAGUCGGUGUACCCAGAAGUAUCGCACAGAAUCUUACCUUUCCCGAAAUCGUCACGCCUUUCAACAUUGACAAAAUGCAAGAGCUUGUGCGCAGAGGUAAUACGCGCUACCCUGGAGCUAAGUACAUCGUCCGUGACAACGGAGACAGAAUCGAUUUGAGAUUCCAUCCCAAACCUUCUGAUCUGCAUCUACAAUGCGGUUACAAAGUAGAGAGACACAUUCGAGACGGCGAUCUGGUCAUUUUCAAUCGACAACCUACUCUCCACAAAAUGAGUAUGAUGGGUCACAGGGUCAAGGUACUACCCUGGAGUACCUUCCGUAUGAACCUCAGUUGUACCUCGCCGUACAACGCUGAUUUUGACGGUGACGAAAUGAAUCUGCACGUACCUCAGUCUAUGGAGACUCGCGCCGAAGUCGAAAACAUCCACGUCACUCCUAGACAGAUCAUCACACCUCAGGCUAACAAACCAGUCAUGGGUAUUGUACAGGACACACUGACUGCCGUCAGAAAGAUGACAAAGAGGGAUGUUUUCAUCGAGAAAGAACAAAUGAUGAACAUCCUUAUGUUCUUGCCGAGUUGGGACGGAAAAAUGCCGCAACCUUGUAUUCUGAAACCUAAGCCAUUGUGGACAGGAAAACAGAUAUUCUCACUCAUCAUUCCCGGCAACGUGAACAUGAUCCGAACCCACAGCACGCAUCCAGACGAGGAGGACGACGGUCCGUACAAGUGGAUCUCACCCGGAGACACGAAGGUCAUGGUAGAGCACGGAGAACUAAUCAUGGGUAUUCUGUGUAAGAAGACGCUUGGUACCUCGGCCGGUUCUCUGCUGCAUAUUUGUAUGCUAGAGUUAGGCCACGAAGUCUGUGGUAGAUUCUACGGUAAUAUUCAGACCGUGAUUAACAACUGGCUGCUGUUGGAGGGUCACUCGAUCGGUAUUGGUGACACUAUUGCCGAUCCUCAGACUUACAUGGAAAUUCAGAGUUCUAUCAGGAAAGCCAAAGAGGAUGUCAUUGAAGUCAUCACUAAAGCUCACAACAUGGAGCUCGAGCCGACGCCCGGUAACACGCUGAGGCAGACUUUCGAGAAUCAAGUGAACAGGAUCCUUAACGAUGCUCGUGACAAAACUGGUGGCUCUGCUAAGAAAUCGUUGACUGAGUACAACAAUCUAAAGGCUAUGGUCGUUUCAGGUUCAAAGGGAUCCAAUAUUAACAUCUCUCAGGUUAUUGCUUGUGUAGGACAGCAGAACGUAGAAGGUAAACGUAUUCCCUUCGGCUUCCGAAAGCGCACUCUACCACAUUUCAUCAAGGACGAUUACGGUCCUGAGUCUAGAGGCUUCGUCGAAAAUUCGUACCUUGCCGGUUUGACUCCGUCAGAGUUCUACUUCCACGCUAUGGGAGGUCGUGAGGGUCUUAUCGAUACUGCUGUCAAAACUGCCGAAACUGGUUACAUUCAGCGUCGUUUGAUAAAGGCUAUGGAGUCUGUAAUGGUGCACUACGACGGCACCGUAAGAAACUCAGUCGGCCAGCUCAUUCAGUUGCGUUACGGUGAGGACGGCCUUUGUGGAGAAACCGUAGAGUUCCAGAAUCUACCGACCAUUAAGCUCAGCAACAAGGCAUUCGAGAAGAAAUUCAAGUUCGACCCUAGCAACGAAAGGUACCUAAGGAGAAUUUUCAACGAAGAUAUUGUUCGUGAAAUGAUGGGCUCUGGAGAGGUCAUAUCCGAAUUAGAACGAGAAUGGGAGCAAUUGAACAAGGACCGAACAGCUCUGCGAGAAAUCUUUCCCAGUGGCGAAUCGAAAGUCGUAUUACCUUGCAAUUUGCAGCGUAUGAUCUGGAACGUGCAGAAGAUUUUCCAUAUUAACAAGCGAGCGCCUACCGACUUGAGCCCUAUGCGAGUAAUUAAAGGAGUAAAAGAUCUGCUAGAAAGAUGUAUCAUCGUAGCUGGCGAGGAUCGUCUGAGUAAACAGGCCAACGAGAACGCUACACUGCUAUUCCAGUGUCUCGUGCGUUCCACGCUCUGCACAAAAUGCGUGUCCGAAGAAUUCCGUCUCUCCAGCGAGGCCUUCGAGUGGCUGAUAGGAGAAAUCGAGACAAGGUUCCAGCAGGCACAGUGUUCGCCUGGUGAGAUGGUAGGUGCCCUGGCUGCCCAGUCUCUUGGAGAGCCCGCCACUCAGAUGACACUGAACACCUUCCAUUUCGCCGGUGUGUCGUCGAAGAACGUAACACUUGGUGUACCCAGAUUGAAGGAAAUUAUUAACAUCAGUAAGAAGCCUAAGGCUCCCUCUCUAACGGUCUUCCUUACCGGAGCCGCGGCCAGGGAUGCUGAGAAAGCUAAGAACGUUUUGUGUCGACUCGAGCACACGACUUUAAAGAAAGUCACGGCCAACACUGCAAUCUAUUACGAUCCGGAUCCACAGAACACCGUCAUCUCGGAAGAUCAGGAGUUCGUAAAUGUCUACUACGAAAUGCCGGACUUCGAUCCUACUAAGAUCUCGCCUUGGCUGUUGCGUAUCGAGCUGGAUCGUAAGAGGAUGACAGACAAAAAAUUGACUAUGGAACAGAUCGCCGAAAAGAUCAACGCUGGUUUUGGUGACGACUUGAACUGCAUCUUCAACGACGACAACGCCGAGAAACUCGUGUUACGUAUCCGUAUCAUGAACAGCGAGGAUAACAAGUUCACGGAUACCCAGGAGGUCGAGGAAAGCGUCGACAAGAUGGAGGAUGAUAUGUUCCUUAGGUGUAUCGAAGCUAACAUGCUCAGUGACAUGACCCUGCAGGGUAUAGAGGCCAUUGGCAAAGUGUACAUGCACUUGCCACAGACAGACGCUAAGAAAAGGAUCGUUAUCACGGAGACGGGCGAGUUUAAGGCCAUUGCCGAGUGGUUGCUGGAAACUGACGGUACGAGCUUGAUGAAAGUACUCAGUGAGCGAGACGUAGAUCCGGUGAGGACCUUCUCUAACGACAUUUGCGAGAUCUUCCAAGUACUGGGUAUCGAGGCUGUGCGAAAGUCCGUCGAAAAAGAAAUGAACGCUGUGUUGCAGUUCUACGGUCUUUACGUAAACUACCGACAUUUGGCUUUGCUUUGUGACGUUAUGACAGCCAAGGGUCAUCUUAUGGCCAUCACGCGUCACGGUAUCAACAGGCAAGAUACUGGAGCUCUUAUGAGAUGUUCGUUCGAGGAAACCGUCGACGUGUUGUUGGACGCAGCUUCUCAUGCCGAGGUCGAUCCUAUGAGAGGUGUAUCUGAGAAUAUUAUCAUGGGACAACUACCGCGCAUUGGCACUGGAUGCUUCGAUCUGUUACUCGAUGCAGAAAAGUGCAAACAAGGUAUCGAGAUCCCUAUGGCCGUUGGCGCGAACAUUAUGGGAGGAACGGGAAUGUUCUUUGGAAACGCUGUCACGCCAAGCAUGAGUCCUCAGAUGACACCCUGGCUGGGCGUCGGAGCUACACCAGGUUAUGGAGCUGCAGGCAUGUCUCCAAGUCUCGGCAGCGGCAUGACACCCGGAGGACCUUGCUUCUCGCCGUCCGGUCAGUCCGAUGCUUCUGGUAUGUCGCCAGCGUACUCCGCCUACUCACCGCAACCUGGAAGCCCAGGAAGCCCGGGACCAAGCAUGAGUCCAUAUCCAAUGUCACCGGCUGGCGGAGCUUCGCCGAGCUAUUCACCAACGUCACCAGCUUACUUACCGACAUCUCCGAGCAUGACACCGUCGAGUCCAAAUUAUUCGCCGACGAGUCCUACUUACUCACCAACCAGUCCAAAUUACUCUCCGACGAGCCCCAGCUAUUCACCGACCAGCCCAAGCUACUCGCCGACGAGUCCAAGCUAUUCUCCAACGAGUCCAAGCUACUCUCCGACAAGCCCCAGCUAUUCACCCACAAGUCCGAGCUACUCGCCGACCAGUCCAAGCUACUCACCGACGAGUCCAAGCUACUCGCCGACGAGUCCCAGCUAUUCUCCUACCAGUCCAAGCUACUCUCCGACCAGUCCCAGCUAUUCACCAACGAGCCCAAGCUACUCGCCUACCAGUCCGAGUUACUCACCGACGAGUCCAAGCUAUUCGCCCACAAGUCCCAGCUAUUCUCCUACCAGUCCCAGCUAUUCACCAACCAGCCCAAGCUAUACGCCAGCAUCGCCAUCUUACUCGCCUACCUCGCCCUCUUAUUCCCCCUCAUCGCCGCAGUACUCACCGGCCUCGCCGAGCUAUUCGCCCUCGUCGCCCAAGUACUCGCCGACCAGUCCCAGCUACUCGCCUACCUCGCCCUCGUUCGCCGGCACCUCACCUCAGUACACGCCAGUCAGUCCGACGUACUCGCCCACCAGUCCUACUUACUCUCCGACCAGUCCAAGCUACUCUCCCAGCUCACCACAGCAUAGCGGCGGAAGUACCAAGUACUCUCCCAGCAGUCCCAACUACUCGCCGACGAGCCCGACAUACUCGCCGACCAGUACGAAGUACUCCCCUACGAGUCCGACUUACUCGCCGACGAGCCACAGUUACUCACCAACGAGUCCAAGCUACUCGCCUACGAGUCCGGCUUACUCUCCACAGGUUCCAGGCUAUUCGCCGACGAGUCCGACAUACUCGGCAGCCUCGCCUACCUACGAGACAGACGACAACUGAGGGAGUUCUGAAGAUCGGGAGUGAACGCGUUAGAGAAUCGUAUUAUCAAUUAGUUUAUCUUGCGCGAGAGGAACUCGUUCGGCAAACCAUCAAGCGUUUGUUAGUAGUGUUCGUUUAUCGCUGCGUUGCUGUUGAGUACUGUACAAGAGACGCUCAAGUUUCUACGUAAAAUGAUGGAAUUUAUCAUUACUUUGAAUACAGAAAAGAGGAUAGUUGCCUCUUAGCGAUAGUAGAAUCUGCGAGAACCUUGCAUUAUUUUCUAAAGAUUAUAUGAAUUUUUAGAAUGUCCUUUUAAUCAUUACUAGAAAUUCAAACAUGAGAUAAAUCAGAAACGUUUAUACUGCAGUCACACUGUAAGGUCACAAAGUAUAUUUUAUGUAACCAUACGUCGAACUUAUUUUGCAGCAUCUAAAUAUUCCAAAGAUACAGCGUUCUCUUAUCUGUUUACAAAUAUUCACGAUUACAUUGAAAUUAUUUCAAUUCAACGUUAGGCACAAUUUUUAGAAUUUAUUUUCGAUUACAUAAGUACUUAGCUUUAAGUUCUUCAUUGUUUAUAUCUGUAAACAAAUAACUAACGACUUGUAUUUGAAAUUUUUAAUUGUAUAAUUUUAGAACGAGUUGUUCCUGCGGUAUCGUUAUGAUUGAGUAGCUUGUUUAAAGAGCAAAAAAAAAAUCAAUUUCAUAUUUCCUUAGACUUACUACUCGUUACAAAUCUUUCAAGUGUUACUUCUUCUUUAUGUAUUAUAAAAAAAUCUCGAAGCCUUAUACAACUGAAUUAUUUAAUUUAGAAGUAUGUAUACUGAAAAGAUAAAUUUUUGUAGAAGCAAGGACCAGCAUGUAAUUUCGCGUGAGGUAUGUUAUAGAUUUAAGCGAUGAUUAUAUUAUUACAUAAGACAUUUAUAAAAACAACGCAAAUCUACACGAACAUUUAAAAAAAAUCAAGUUUUUGUUUUGUUUAUUGUGUAGCAGGAAUUCGCUUAUACCAACAUCCUUUGCCGAUGAGAUUGUACGUGCCCCCGUGGUUAACACGUCGCGAUGGUGGGGCGACAGAAAUUGUAACCACAAGCUUUAUGCAAUAGUGUCGUUGCUAUCGACGAUAUGCACUGAUGAGUGAUAACUGAGAGAGUAGAUGAUGUCAUUUAUAUUUUAUAAAAUUAUUAUUAUCUUAUAUAUGGAGGAAAAAGAGUGUGUCAAACUAAAAAAAAAUAUCAAAGGACGAAAAAAGGAUUAAAAAUAUCUUAAUACUUGUUUGCUGUCUGUUCGAAUUAUACCAUAUAAGUUGCAAUUUGUGCCUACGUAGGACAAAGAGUAUUCAUUGCAAAUGGUUUCUACGUAUUAUUACACAGUCGCCUUUGUAAUAAGCUGAAGCAACUGUUCGUUUUUCUUUUGACGAAAUCAAGACUUAGGCGAUUACUCUUGUAAUUUUUCCGAUCGAUCAAUGAUCGGGAGAAAGAAGAUGCGGAUCGAAAAAAUUUUUUAUCGUAAUGUACGAAUUUUUACAGCAUUUAAGUUCUACAUAGUAUUUAAAGCAUUGUAAAAUAUAUAUUUAUGAAAAUAUAAAAAAAACUACAAAAAA